UCCAGUGACAGGCAGAGUACAACUGCGGUUGUACUCUUCUUGCAAGGGCACUUUCACAGUCACUGCACCAUUAACUGGAGGAUGUACAAUACUGCAGAAAGCCUAGGCAGACCUUGGAUAAAACUGCUAGAAGCUGUAUUGACGGCUGAGAGGAAGAAGCACUGAUUAAAAAGAAAACUGUGAUGCCUGAGGAAAAAGUAUUUCAGCAGCAGGCUGUACACAGCCCUCUUGAGAAGCAGCAAGGGAUCCUGUGCCACAACUGCGGCAAGUCCUGCAAAGGAGAGGUCCUCCGGGUUCAAAACAAGCAUUUUCAUAUCAAGUGCUUCGUAUGCAAAGUGUGCGGCAGUGACUUGGGCCAGGGAGGAUUUUUCGUCCGACAAGGAGAGUACAUUUGUAGCUUGGACUACCAGAGACUUUACGGGACACGCUGCUUUAGCUGUGAUGAGUUUAUUGAAGGAGAGGUGGUUUCAGCCCUGGGGAAGACGUAUCACCCACACUGUUUUGUCUGUGCUGUUUGCAGACAAGCAUUUCCCCCUGGAGAUCGAGUGACCUUUAACGGGAAGGACUGCAUCUGCCAAAAAUGUUCACUGCCCAUGCCUGCCCACAGCCCAGUAACGAUCCAGGCAGUCAGAAACUGCUGUGGCUGUGGACAGGAAUUUAGAAAUGAACAGUCGCUGGUAGCUUUGGACAAACACUGGCACCUUGGCUGUUUCAAGUGCAAGAUUUGUAACAAAGUGCUGAAUGCGGAAUACAUCAGCAAGAAUGGAAUUCCUUACUGUGAAGUUGACUACCAUGCCAUGUUCGGCAUCCAGUGUGAACACUGUAAGAAAUACAUCACUGGCAAAGUAUUAGAGGCCGGUGACAAACAUUAUCACCCAUCCUGCGCAAGAUGUGUCAGGUGCGACCAGAUGUUCGGAGAAGGAGAAGAGAUGUAUCUUCAAGGUUCUUCCAUUUGGCAUCCACCCUGUAGACAGGCAGCCAGGGCUGAAGAGAAACACAAGGUGACUAGAACUUCCUCUGAAAGCAUCACUUCUGUGCCAGCUUCAAGCACAUCGGGAUCCCCAAGCCGUGUUAUUUACGCAAAACUUGGCGAUGAGCUUCUUGACUACAAGGAUCUGGCAGCACUUCCUAAAAUUAAGGCGAUCUAUGACAUUGACCGCCCUGAUAUGCUCACCUAUUCUCCAUACAUCAAUUACCCUUCUGAUGACAGGCAUAGCAAUGUGGAGUCGCCUCAGCUGCUUUCCCCAACACCCACUGAGGGUGAUCAAGACGACAAAUCCCCCCGACAGCGGAGAACCUCCAGCCCCAGCCCCAGCUCCAACAGCUCCCUGGGAUACGGGCGCUUCACUCCAACACGCUCGCCUCAGUACAGCAGACCAGUGCUGCCCCCUGAUGGUGUUACAUACACUGUGCGUGCUGGCAAUUACAAUUCUGUUCCCCAUAACGCCAGCACCAUAGCCAUGCUCCGACAUAACUUCAUCCCUUACUUUAAAGGUAGUGAAAGUGGUCGGAGUACCCCCAGCUUAUCCGCAUAUUCAGACAGCAAAUCUCCCUCCUCUACCUAUGUGCAAGCUCCCAGGCAUUUCCAUGUACCAGAAACUAAGAUAAAAGAUAAUCUCUAUAGAAAACCUCCUGUCUACAAACAGCAUGUGACACGGACAUACUGGCACGAAGGAGAGGAUAUGGAACACGACAACAGAAAGAUGACGACAAGCUGGCUGACUUUGAAGAGCGAGAUGGAUGCUCGGUCUGGUACAGAUGAUAUAGAUCCCAGGACAUCUACUCGCAGCCUGCCUAUUGAUCCAUCACAGACACAAUUUCCCUACUCUAAAUCAGCAUCUCUUCCUAGUUAUGGUAGAAAUGGGUUACAUAAGGCCACUGAUCUUGCCCAAUAUGAGCCAGACCAGGAUGGAAGCUGGGGAAUGAGAGAAUACAAGGUGUACCCCUAUGAAGUGCUAGCGGUAACAAACAGAGUUCGGUUUAAAUUGCCAAAGGAUGUGGACAGGACCAGGUUGGAGAGGCACUUGUCUCCUGAGGAAUUUGGCCGUGUUUUUAGAAUGACGAUUGAAGAGUUUGAUCGCUUAGCACUGUGGAAAAAAAACGACCUUAAGAAGAAAGCACGCCUCUUUUAAACAUACAACAUAUAGCAUGCCUUGCUUAGCAAAAUUCGAUCCAAUGGAAGCCAGCAGGAAUAGAGAGAGCAACUUCUCUUGCAUGGCCAGCUAUGUGUUUUACCUGGGUGUGUGUCCUGGUCUUAGUCACAGCCAGCCCAUUGCAGGGCAAAUAACGGAAUUAAAUGAUGCAUUUAUUAUUUCAUUAAUUCAUUGAUUUUAGAAAAAGCUUUCUUAACAGUGUGAUAGUAUAGGUCUGUACACUGAUAACACUUUGCUUUGCAAUAUCUGGACUGCCACGAUAAACUAUAAUUUGCAUAAUGUUACAGAACAGGUGACUAAGGUUAAUAUAUGCUAAGGCCAAAUAUACUGAGCAUCAAAAGAAAUGUAUCACUUAUAUUUCAGCAUCAAAAGAAACGUAUCACUUAUAUUUGGAUAAAAUUCACUAGAUGUGAUCGAAAAAUGACAAACUCUGUUUUAGAGCAGGUGCAGUGACUUUUUAUUGUGCUGAUUACAAAUUGACAUCACUAAGAUGCUGCAAAAUGAUCUGUCAAUCUUGGUUAGGUGUUGUGACUCUUGGUCUCCCAGUUCGUGGUCGCCAGGUUUGAAAUUGCUGGCUGUGAGCACCCAAGACGACGAGCCACAGUACGCUGCCCUAGUCCAGCCUCCAACAUGCCGAUUGCACGAAGGCACUGCUCUCUUGACAGACGUGGCAUAUUGUUUUUUUUUCUGUGAUUUUCUUUAUUGCUUUUAUUCAAGCUUGCAAUUCAACAGCUGAAAUCACUCCAUAUCCAGUGUCCAAUAAGUGCAUAUGCUUCAGUCAUAGUCACUCAAGCGUGUCAUGGUCAACGAUGAAUGACUGAGUGAUUAAAAAGAAACCAAAAACAUUUUGUCAAUGUCCAUCAUUUAUAUACCUUUUUAUGGAAAUAAAUGUGUUAUAAUAGUGAUAGGUUUCUUUUGAUGCUCAGUAUAGUAUUAAAAAAGAAAACAUUAAAAAAGAAAGCACUUUGUUUUUCAAAACAAAUCUAGAAUGGUUCAAGUGAACUUUUUAUUUAAUAGAGGAUAUUAAUUUGUUUUAUUUAGUUUCAUUUAAAUAUGAAUUCUAAUACAGAGAGGUUUGAAUAGUAACUAUGGUGUAUUGUGUAGACAAAAAAGAGACAAGGAUGAUAGUGACCCUAUAAUUCCAAUUGACCAUAGAAAUGCCCCUGGCGCUACAGAGAGCCACAUGCCCAGAUUUAUAAUUGGGGUGGAUGGUAAUCAAUUUGGUUGUCAUGUCUCCCAGCAACUUACAGCAAUAACAGAUAUAAAGUAAACACUACGUAAUAUUUGUUUUCAUCGACAGUAUUUAAACUGCUUUUCAUUAAACUGUAGAUACUAGUAGAACUCACAAAAUGUCACCAAUGGAUUCUUGCUGUGGUGAUUUCUGAGGUUUACAGAACAGCUUUAUGUUUUUAUCCCAGCAAUUCCAAUACGUAUUUAAUUAUUUUAUUGACCCACUAAUACAUAGCAGUAUGCCCUGUACUUGUUAUCUUGCUGCUGAAAGUGUCACUCCCUUAGGGUUGCCUGUAUCUCGCAAUGAUAACAUCUUGCAAUAUUAUUUCCACCUUCUUAAUUGUACAGACUAGAUUUUAUCAAAGGGAUUGUGAUCCAGCUCCCAGAUCCCAAAGCAUCAUAUUCCUGAACACAGGCAGGAAGUAACACUUAAAGCUGAAGUAAAAUGUAUGUCAAUGGGUAAGUGAAAAAAAUGACUGGACACAUUUUACAGCUGUUCAUUUGUUAUUUUGGAACCAAUUUUAAUUAUAUAAGGGUGGCUGGUCUAAACACAAAAUACAUGCACUGCUAAAUACAUCAGUGCUAAAUACAUGCACUGCUAAAUACAUGCAGUGCUAAAUACAUGCAGUGCUAAAUACAUGCACUGCUAAAUACAUGCAGUGGUAAAGAUGAUCAUUUUGAUAUACCCUGGUACAUAGCACAGAGGGGGCUAUUUUAUGACUGCAGUUUUCAGUUUUAAAUGAUACUGUAGUGGAGAAACUAAUGGAAAAAGUGAUUUUGUUUUUGAGGAAUACUGUUGGACUUUUUAGGAAAGAAAACAUGCUGUUGUGAAAACUGAUGUCAUUCACCCAGAAGAUUUUCACACCAAUUUUGAGACAGCUGACAACAUUGUUUAUUUCAAAUUUUUAUCGACCCCUUGAAUAAUGGGCAUAUCAUAUUUUGCUAUCAUAUCAUAACAGGAUCUACUAAAUUAUUAAUAAAUAUCUAACAACGUAACUAGCUAUAGUACCUGUAUAUGUAAAACUGGUCUGAAGCAAACUUUGUGUUUUACUUCACCAAACCAGGUGUGUGGUUUUGUUUUAGCCUGGAGAUGCCAUCAACUCAUAAAGGUUGAGGUUCUUGUGGAGUAACAAUUUACAAUAUAGGAAGAUUUUCAAAUGUCAGCUAUGUAUCUGUCUAUCUUCAGUGAUGUCUGUGUUGAAAUAUGUUGAAAUGUUUGACACAAUGGUAAAAAUGAAAGGUUACGCUUGCUGUUUGAAAAUGUGUAAAUUGUGAAAUCAUUAUUAUAAUAGCUCAAUGUAAAAAGCAAGAGAGAUGUGGCAGCAAAAACCUUAUAUUCUAACAAAAAAUAAAGUACAUUUAUUUAAAUAUAUAUUUUUGUAUAAUACCCCAAAGAGUCAUUGUAAAAAUACAACUUUAUGCGAGCAAAGAAAAAAAAACAUGCAAGUAACCCAAGUUCAAGUAGGUAAUACCAGCUGCAGCGAAAGUUAGUUUCUUGUCCAGUAUUGAUUGUCAGCAUGAAUCUGGGGUUUUCUGUCAAAAAUUUUAGAGUUUAAAAGAGUUCAAACCAUGUAUUGUUUCCUGACAUGCAGUUUCUGAUUAUGUUUAGUUAUGUUGCAUAUUACAGUGCUUUGGAAUAUUGUUGAAUGUGUUACCAGCAUUUAUUGCAAAUAGAUUGGUAUGUAAGGAGAAGAUAAAAUAUUUCUAAUCUGUAAUAACAAAAGUAGUAAUUAGUGCAGACCUUUUGUAAGGUAUAAGACAUUUUUCUUUGUUGAAAGGACAUAACGCAAAACUACUGUGAAGCCAUACAUAUUUGCGAGCUUUUUAUUAUGCGUUUUUCCCGUAUGAAAAAAAAAACUGCAAACAUUUUUGGCACAAAUAACAAAUUCCACUAACAAUACAUUCUGCAUAUAUUGCAACAGGUCGCCAACAUUUCUGGAGCAAAAUAGGUUUUAUGGGUGUUAUUCAGCAAACAUUUUGGUCGCAAAUAUUUUUGGCUUUACAAUAAUUAAUAAUGCUCAGCAAAUACUCUUGACCAGUUCAGUUGUUUCAGUGUAGCCUACUGUCACAACAUCUGACUGCUGUUUGUUGUAUGUGUUUUGUCUAUUGAUAAUAUUCCAAGAAACCAGGAUGUCUGACCCUACACAGUCUUCACCAAAAAACUUAAAGUAUGAACUCAGUCUAGCCAAGGUUCUUGCUCAAUCAGGCAUUUGCAGCAUCAAAAUCUGUGUGAACAGUGUGAAAGUAGUUGGUUAUCCAAACAUGUACGUAUAUCCAGUGGGUCAUUUGUAAUUCAAAUAUUUAAAAAAAGGUUUUUAAAAAGGGGAGUUGUAGCAUGAUUCUCAUCAUUUGGUUUUCAAAUAUGACUUCCAUGUUUGCUUGGAAAACGCUACUGGCAGUGGGUGUGUGCGCGCGUGUGUCUGUGUGUGUGUGUGUGUGCACGUGUAUGUGUUUGUGUGUGUGCGUGUGUAUGUGUAUGUGUUUGUUUGUGUGUGUGUGUGUGUGUGUGUGUGUGUGUGUGUGUGUUAUCACUAUGGUGUUGUACGGUGUAAAUCUGCACAACACAUCCCACAACUGACCCAAGCCAUAAUUGAACCCAUGCGGAAGUUUAAGAGAAUCUGGAGACACAAGCAAAAAAACAGCCAAUGUUGUUCUUACGAUGCUAUCAAAAUGUCACUUAGGUCAAGGAAGCUUAUGGGAAAUUAAACAACAGUUUAUUUACUUAUUUUUUUAUUAGUUCAACACUAGGAGAAAAGCUCAAAAAGACAACCAUGGGUUUAGUUAUAGAAAAACUGAAAAAAAAGUUUGUUUUUAUUGUCUGAAGACCCAUAAUUUUUGGGUGAGUUUUAAUCUUUAAUAGAUAGCAGUAGAACUUGUGCAACUACUUCAUUGACCUAAACCUGCAAGACAAUAAAAUCAAAUGUGUAACAUGGAAGUCAAUAUUAACAAGAUUGAAAUCUGAGGGUCAAUUGCAACGACCUGAAAGCAGCGCACUAACCCCGUGGUUAGUACGGAGCUUCGUACUGAACUAGUAUGCAAGUUAAUACAAUUGCAACGAAUUUAGCAGUUCAAGAUAGUCCCCAGCUGCGUACUCUCGAUUGCAACGAACCCAAAAUAACUGCUGCUGCCCUAGAGGUUACUAAGUGCGAGACUAAGUUAGUCUAACCCUUUCUAUAGAAUAACGAUUUGGAGUACCGUACAAAGUGGAACAAAUCCCCAAAUUUUAUUGACAACUUUUGUAACUGAACAAUUCAUAAUCACAAAUCCAUACCGUGUACCUAUAUUUUACAUAUGAAAGACAUAUUUACUUGCAUAUUUUUUGUAUUUUUUUAUAGGGAUGUCAUUGCUGGCAUUGCAAUAUAUUCGUGUAGCGUUGGAAUGAGUUUCGUGACAUUAUAACAAUACAGAAAACGAUAUUCCUACAUUGAUCAAAUCGCUUCCACAACGAAAAAAAAAUGAUUACAAUUACGGUUGAAAGGAUUUAUCACAAAUAUCGUGAAAUAAUUGAGAAUAUAUUUAAAGGCGUACAGUAAUUAUGUAUUACCCACAUGGGACGGAAUUGCAAUAUUUAAUAUAUGAGUAAUACAUUUUAAAGUUAUAUAUAACAGGCUAUAUGUAUACUUGUGUGAAAGUAUGCUUUUCGUAGCCAAUGCUACAUAGUAGUAGGCUGUAGCAUGCAUGGGGUAGGGGUCAGGACUGAUAGGUGACGCAACACAAGAUUAUUGAUACGCUAGUAAGGGGUUGCGGUUCUACAGCGGAUCGGCGCUGUAACCGCUGUGCUGGAGGUGCCGGGUUCAAUCUCUGCCUGUGCAAUACUUUGUACCAAUAGCUCAAACUUUGAGCUCCUGCCCUUUCAGUUCUUGUUUGGAAGCACACCAAAGCAAACCAUCUUAUCCUUAGUACCGUACUAAAGCUGGGGAUCAGCUCGUCCCCAACUUUGUUCCGCUUCUUUUUUCGUUGCAAUUGGUAUUAAGUUAAUAAGCAGCUGGGGAUGAUCCUGAGAUAGUACCGUACUAGCUGGUACGCAACUUAGUACGCAGACCAAGAGGGUUUUUCUGACACUGGCAUAUUAUUGUAUUCUUCUCUUUGCAUUUGUACAUUAUAACACCAGACAUGUACUGUCUUUGUUGAACCUUAUCUGAUACAAACAUUCAAUAAGACACCAUGCCUUUUUUCACAGAAAAUGUAAUGUCACCAAUAAACAAAUGUAUAAAAUAUAAAAUGUAUUUAACCACCAGGCUCUUAACAUAAUUUAAUUUAUAGUAAUGAUUGUGUGUAUUUGUAGCAAAGCAGUGUUCAGAUGAAAGUUCAAGUCCUGCUGUAACUAAGCUUUUUUUUUCUUUUUUGCUUUACUGGUUUGCAACAACAUGCUAAUGUUCAUCUACAAUAAAUGUUUAAUUCAGUA